UUGUAUUAGCUGUGAUUUUCACAGCUGAAUUUUUGACAUCUGAAGCUACAUUUAGUUCGAAGUUUUUGGAGUUUCUAACAAAUAUCAACCAAUUUGAGUGUUUUUCAAGUGUUUUUCUUCUUGAAGGAUCAAAAGAACAUUGUUUUGAAGAUGAAUUCAUACGUAACACUACAAUUUCUUUGGAUAUUCCAGUUAUUCUAUCAACAGAAAUCUCUUCAUAUCAACUGAAGGAAAGUUUCAAUGAAAACCUUCUAACAAUAGUUAAUUUCGAAUCCAGUGAUUUAUUUCUUCUUCGGCUUUCGGAAUAUCUACAACACCUUCGAUUCUGCAAGACUAUUUUCAUACUGAAAAAUUCAACAAGAAAUGAUUUAGAACUGGAGAAUGUUUUUAAUUUCUGCUGGCAGAAUAGAAUGGUCAAUGUGGUGGCAGUUUUUCAAAAUUUCGGAACUUCUUCAACUUACUAUUCCUACAGCAAUUUUGGAGGUUUUAGAAUACUCGAAUUUGUUUGGAGCAAGAAGAAUUCUGUUGUUUUUCAAAAUCAAAUGCAAGACCUAAAUGGUUCAACAUUGCCAAUUCUUUUUGGAGGAGUAGAGCCAGGGCUGAUCAUCUCUCAAGACGUUAACGGUGAUAAAAUAUUUGGUGGAUUCUUAGGACACAUGUUUCAUGCUUUUGCCAAGAAGCACAAUGCCAUCUUAAACACAUCUAGCGUUAAUACUUCACUUUCAUCAAACGAUAUUCAUCAUAUGGUUUUGAAUAGAACAAUUGAGAUAUCAGGUGCUGGUGUGAAACUUGUACAAUUUCCCAUCGAAUAUUUCUCAUAUCCGUACACAACUAUGGAUUGGGGUGUUAUGCUGCCUGUGGAGUCAAGUAUUCCUAUUUACAAGGUGUUUGCGUUUGUUUUUCAUUGGGAAGCCUUUGUUUUAACAAUGGUCUUCAUCUUUUUACUCUCUGUUUUACUAAAGGCUAGUGUGAUUUUUUCGGGAGCACAAAGGCUCAAUUUUAUGCGUGAUAUCUUCUUCAACAUUGAUUGCUUUCGGGGAAUUCUCGGACAGCCAUUCUUUCAAUUACCAAGAGUUUCUUUCACAACAAAAAUCAUCUAUUCAUGUUUAUUUCUACUUGGAAUCAUAAUAGUUACUUCAUACGAUGCAUUUCUACAGUCUUUCAUGACAAAACCUCCAAGGACCGAUCGAAUAAAAUCCUUCGAUGACUUAAAGUUAUCGGGAUUAAAAAUCUACGCACUAAAAUUUGAUGUCGAUGAGUAUUUGUUCAAAUUGAAGCCUAAAUUUAUGGAAAAAUAUUCAAAUUUAUUUAUAAGUGAAAGUAAUUUUGAGACAUUUACGAAACUUCGAAAUACACUCAAUACGAAAUAUGCUUUCACAAUUAGUGAAACAAAAUGGGAGAUUUAUGUAAAUAGACAAAAAUAUUUUAGUCAACAAUUGUUUCGUUGGUCAAAAGAAUUGUGUUUGCUGGAAGAUAUGUUAUCAGCUAUUUCUAUAAAUGAAAAUUCAAUUUUUAAGCAAAUUUUGGACUUUCAUAUUUUGGAAACACAAUCAAGUGGAUUGUUGGAUUUUUGGAUAAAGAGAGCAUUUUUUGAAUUGAUAAAAGUUGGAAAAGUUGAAAAAGUAAACAUUAGAAUUAAUUCGAUGAAUUCAAUGAAAGUUGAAGAUUUGAAAUGGAUCUGGAUUUAUAUGGGAAUAUCUUUGAUGGCUGCUAAUUUGUGCUUUAUUGGAGAAAUUUGUAUUUUUAAUUUGAAGAAACGAGGUAAUAAUCGAAAACAAAUUGUUGAUCGUAUUGGAUUAUCAAGAAAAAUAUUAAAUUUGUUGAUUAAGGUGCGAUUUAUUAAGAAAUGAGUCAUUAAUUAAAAAAAAUUACUAUUAUUUGUGUGCUGCAAUAUAUUUAUUUUUAUUAAAAAUCAGAAA